CAACAGCAAAUCAGCCAAACUGUACUGUUGUAGCCGAAAACGUUUCAUGUCAUAUAAAGAAACAAUAGCUUCCGCCAUGAAUCGGGACAAAUCUAGCCCGUCCCCCUCCACCCUCCAGGAGUCCCCAGGUCGACCGCCUCCCGGUACUUUACUUCUGGUUCUGGUCGACUGUAGGAAAACACAGGGGCAGAGUGGAACAGAGAGAGGAGAAGAGGAUCAUGGAGAUUUGAUUUCAUUAAGUAAGAACCAUGGGGACAGCCCGAAUCGUUGCCCUCUCAGUGGGAGGAGCUUUUCAUCUGAGGAGCCUCAACAACAUCAUGAUGCUGAAAAGACAGAAAAGAGUCUCUCCAGAUCAGAACACCUCAAGAAACACCAGCAGAGAGGUAUAGGAAAGAAUCCUCAUCAUUGCUGCUCUGACUGUGGGAAGAGUUUUGCUAAACAGAAGGAAUUGAUAAUUCACCAGCGGAGUCACAUCAAAGAGAAACUUUACUACUGCUCUCAGUGUGGGAAGAGUUUUGCUGCAUCUAAAACCUUAAAAUCUCAUCAGAGACUUCAUACAGGGGAGAGGCCUUACCCCUGCUUUGAUUGUGGGAAAUGUUUCAAUCAAUUAGGAGCCCUGACUAAACACCAACACAUACACACAGGAGAGAGGCCUUAUAGCUGUGAUCAGUGUGGGAAAAGCUUCAAGGAGUCAGGAACUCUGACUAGACACCAACGCAUACACACAGGCGAGAAGCCUUAUAGCUGUGAUCAGUGUGGGAAGAGAUUUGCUCUAUCCGGACACCUGACUAGACACCAGCGCAUACACACAGGAGAGAAGCCUUAUAGCUGUGAUCAGUGUGAGAAGAGCUUUGCUCUUUCCGGAAACCUGACUAGACACCAACGUAUACACACAGGAUUGAAGCCUUAUAGCUGUGAUCAGUGUGGGAAGAGCUUCAUGGAGUCAGGAACUCUGACUAGACACCAACGGAUACACACAGGAGAGAAGCCUUAUAGCUGUGAUCAGUGUGGGAAGAGCUUCACGGAGUCAGGAAUUUUGACUUCACACCAGCGCAUACACACAGGAGAGAAGCCUUAUAGCUGUGAUCAGUGUGGGAAGAGUUUUGCUAGAGAUUCCAUCCUGACUGCACACCAACGCAUACACACAGGAGAGAAGCCUUAUAGCUGUGAUCAGUGUGGGGAGAGUUUUGCCCGAGAUUCCACCCUGACUGCACACCAACGCAUACACACAGGAGAGAAGCCUUACAGCUGUGACCAGUGUGGGAAGAGUUUUGCUCGAUAUUCCACCCUGACUGCACACCAACGCAUACACACAGGAGAGAAACCUUAUAGUUGUGAUCUGUGUGGAAAGAGCUUUGCUCGAGAUAUCACCCUGACUACACACCAGCUCACACACACUGGAGAGAAACCUUACUCCUGUCUAUGUGGAAAGAGCUUUGCUCAUUCAGGGUCACUGAUAAAACACCAGAAAGCACAAACAUGUAAUCUUUUAUCUCCCUCCUCUCCUGCUCUGGUUCCAGAUCCCUAAAUAAAGAUUCAAUAGAAAACAUAUUGUAAAGAGUCAUCGAUCUCCCAUUCUCUAAAAGUGUACUAAGUCUGAUUACCAUGGUAACCUGUUAGCAUAAUAUGCAGCUCUGGAUCCAUAUGUAUCAAGCUUCUCAGAGUAGGAUUGCUGUGUGUUGUGGGGUGGAGGAUGUUGAGGUUGGUGGGGGUUUUCAAAGCUGUAUCUUUUUUCAUUAACUCCUAUUAUGAAUUAAAUAAUAGAAUAGAAUAAUGUUUCAACAAUGCUAAGUGUAUAUUCAUGUGUGAGGGAAAUGGUGUUGUCUGAAGAGAGAGUCUUGAAUUGUACAUCUUGUCUCAGACAAUCAUUGGUUCCUAUAGG